AUGCAACAGAGUUAUUUGAUCAGUGUUCUAUUAUGUUUAGCUGUGGCUACGGUACAGGCCCUACCGACAAUCCUGCCAACAGCCCUACCUACAAUCCUACCAACAGCCCUGCCCACCAUUAAUCCAGGUCAUGAGGGUCUCAAAUGUAUGGGUAAAAUGGAGUUAAAUGUGACCGAAUGUAUAGCCAAUGUGCUAUUGCCUGACAACUUAACUAGCCAUGAGCAAAUUGAUUGCUGCGUGUCAUGGAUCAAGUACGAUUGCCAACUUAUAUUUGCACCGGAAGUUUGCUACUGCGAUAACCCACCACUACUGCCUACACUACCCCCCAUAAUACCCCCACUACCGCCAAUAGACCCUGAUCAGGAUGCAUACUUAUGCUUCACACAAAUAAGCACCAGUCUCGUAGAGUGUGCUGCCAAGGUAGAAGUCCCCCAUAAUAACCAGGUUCAAUUUGAUUGCUGCGAGUCGUGGGUCAAGUUUGACUGCAAUGUGCAACUAGCAAAGGAAGAAUGCACGCAAAACCAAUACCUAGAGGUACAAAAAUUAGUUAGCCAGGGCAUUGCUAAUUUAGACAAGGCACAAUGCUCCGAGUAUCCUUAUACUAAUAAAACUGAAAUUUGUGCGGCACCUACACCCACAACAAAUGCACCCAUUGCGAGUACAACUGGAGCCCCGGUAGUCACUGAGGACCCGGAUGAUGGGACACAAGUGAUUGAAAAGCUAGUCAUCAAGAAUGUGGUGAUUGAGAGUUUGACAAUUGAAGGCACGGGUGGUGGGGUCGCCCUAACCGGACUCAAUGGCAUUGAUUUAGACGCAUUGGCCGCUAAACUGAAGGAAAUUUUAAAUAAAAAAUAA